GGCCAAGAACUGUUUGCAUUGAAGCGAUAUAACAAGAAGCUCGUUUCGUAAAUUCAUAAAUUUGGAACCAUAGGAGGCGUUUCAGGAUCCAGUUUUGUGAUUGAAGAAUGGCCGACGGUGAAGACAUUCAACCGCUUGUUUGCGACAAUGGAACUGGAAUGGUUAAGGCCGGAUUUGCGGGUGACGAUGCACCAAGAGCGGUUUUCCCGAGCAUUGUUGGCCGUCCUCGUCACACGGGUGUUAUGGUUGGGAUGGGACAAAAGGAUGCUUAUGUCGGAGACGAGGCUCAGUCAAAACGUGGUAUAUUGACUCUCAAAUACCCUAUUGAGCAUGGAAUUGUUAACAAUUGGGAUGACAUGGAAAAAAUUUGGCAUCAUACUUUCUACAACGAGCUUCGUGUUGCCCCUGAAGAACAUCCGGUUCUCUUAACCGAAGCUCCACUUAAUCCCAAGGCUAACCGUGAGAAGAUGACUCAGAUCAUGUUUGAGACAUUCAACACUCCUGCUAUGUAUGUUGCCAUUCAAGCUGUUCUAUCACUCUAUGCCAGUGGCCGUACGACUGGUAUUGUUUUGGACUCUGGAGAUGGUGUGAGUCACACGGUUCCAAUAUACGAGGGCUAUGCUCUUCCACAUGCAAUCCUACGUCUUGACCUAGCAGGGCGUGACCUCACGGACUACCUCAUGAAAAUUCUAACAGAGCGCGGUUACUCUUUCACCACAACGGCUGAGCGUGAAAUCGUUAGAGACAUGAAAGAGAAGCUUUCCUACAUUGCUUUAGACUACGAACAAGAGCUAGAGACUUCCAAUACAAGUUCUUCCGUAGAAAAAAGCUUUGAGCUUCCCGAUGGACAAGUGAUAACCAUUGGCGCAGAGCGGUUCCGGUGCCCAGAAGUUCUGUUUCAGCCAUCAAUGAUCGGAAUGGAAAAUCCGGGAAUCCAUGAAACCACAUAUAACUCUAUCAUGAAAUGUGAUGUGGAUAUAAGGAAAGAUUUGUAUGGUAAUAUUGUGCUAAGUGGUGGAACCACAAUGUUUGGUGGGAUUGGUGAUAGAAUGAGCAAAGAGAUUACUGCUUUGACUCCUAGUAGUAUGAAGAUUAAGGUUGUGGCUCCACCUGAGAGGAAGUACAGUGUUUGGAUUGGUGGUUCUAUAUUGGCUUCACUUAGUACUUUCCAGCAGAUGUGGAUUGCGAAAGCAGAAUAUGAUGAAUCAGGACCAUCAAUUGUGCAUAGGAAGUGCUUCUAAUCACACUUCAUGGAAGCACCAAAGGAAGAUUGAAGUAAAAGAUAAAAACACCUUUGAGCUUCUUUUUAACAGCCUACUACCAAUUGCCAGAUUUUUUGUUUAAUCACAUUUCUUCAUCCAAAUUGUUCUUUGUAAUUUUGAUUUGUAGCAACUGAACUCAAAGAAAGACAUUCAAUUUCUUUAUUAAAUUAUGCAUA